AUGUUGCUCUUUCCGACGUGGAGACCAGAAUUGCACGAGGGUUGCAGAGUACCAUGGAUUCCAACUGAACGUUUCGCGCCAUAUGUCGCUCGAUCUGUUACGGUGCCACCCCCACCACCACAGAUUUCGGACAGUGACUCCUGUGGAAGUUUGUCACCAGAGAGAAACAAUGAUUCGGGAUCAGAUGAAUGCAUAUGCGAAUGGAGAGGAUGCGGCGUAAGAUUUGAUUCCGUUUCUCGUCUGUCGGCACACGUAGCUAGAGUCCAUGCGCACGCGCAUAGCGAUGGAUAUUUCUACUGCUGUUGGAGGGGGUGCACAAGAUCUCAAAGAGGUUUUAAUGCAAGAUACAAAAUGAUAGUGCACAUGAGAAUUCACACUAACGAACGUCCUCACACUUGCAAUCAAUGCCAGAAAAGCUUUUCAAGGGCCGAGAACCUCAAGAUUCAUCUACGUUCGCAUUCCGGGGAAAAACCUUACGUCUGUCCAUAUGAGGGCUGCGGCAAAGCAUAUUCAAACUCUAGCGAUCGUUUCAAACACACACGGACCCACAAAGUAGACAAGCCGUACUGCUGCAAAGCACCAGGUUGCACGAAACGUUACACCGACCCGUCCAGUUUGCGCAAACACGUCAAGGCAUACAAACACUUCACAGAGAAGGAGAAUCCAAAAUUAGCAACGCGAGCUGAAAGUAUAUCCCCAAUGCGCGAAACUAUAGAACCUGUGAUCGACCAUAGGGUAUCACCAUACGCAUACCAUAUUUCAGAAACGUAUCCUAUGAACUACCACCCAACAUAUAUCCGAACUGACCCAUUGUAUAAGGAACCUCAAGAAACCUAUCCAGUAUAUACCAGAAUGUAUGAUCACGCGUUGAGUUACUCUACACAGGAUUACCCUCUUUACAAGCCUCAAUACUAUGAAAGUGACGUGGCAAAUUCAUUUCCAGAAAAUUCAGAUGUUCCAUUGAAUUUAAUGUGUGCUAAACGUGUGCAAUGCAGACCAAUUGAAGUACUGAGGCAUACGGAGUUACCCUUAGAUUUAAGUACUAAAAGUUAG